GGUGCGGUGGUUCGUACCAGAUUGCAGAGACACACCGACGGUUUCAGCCGAACGCUCGGCUUUAGCGGACGAGAUUUCCAAGAGGAGGAUGAGCAGCCCGUGGAUCAAUGGGAGGACAGCGUCGCCGCCGAGGAACAUCCCGAGACAUUCGUUCCAGAGCCUGCGCGCAGCCGCUAUGAAAGCCUUUUGGAGCUACUCAUGGCAGGCUUCACGCCUUCGCGCCAUCGGUUUGUGUACAACAAGCUGAAGGACAUUGUGAAGAUCGUGGCCGAUAAGUACAUUAAAGACGGUCAUAUCCCCGUCGCCUCGGUUGAGGCAUUCAUUGCCCCAGAUCCACUCGGAGUUUUGAACCCAGGGGAGAUCUAUUUUAGUUCAACGAAGCCACUCAGAGACGAAGUCACGCUGGAGAACUAUAAUCACAUCAAGGGAGAAGUUCUGAUCUAUAGGAAUCCUUGUCGUUUACCAUCGGACGUACAGAAGGUCAACGCCGUGUAUCGUUCGGAGUUGGAGUCAUGGCAGGACAUAAUAUUGUACUCUACCAAAGGGGACCAGUCUUUACCAAGCUGGCUGGCUGGAGGAGGUGGGUGUAAGACAUGGACUCCACUCACCGCCACUGACCUAUUUCCUCGAAGAUGCCGAUGGAGACAUCGCUGUCAUCAUCCUACACCGAAAAAUUAUCGACACUUUCGCGAAUUCUGACUUCUCUCGUACUGAUGACAACUUCUUGGAGGAUAAUUUCGAGUCCGAGCGAGACAUACGCACCGUGCAGAAAUUCUUGAACGAUAUCAAGCACCUUCCCAAAGACUCCGAUCGUAUGCGAGAGCAGUACCAGCGGACGCUUAUGACCGGUCUCGACGACCCACCUAAGGGUAUAUACUCCAUCUUCCAUGAAAACGCGGCCUACAGCUUUGGCUAUGAUGAUCCGCAGACUGUGCGCCUUGGAUACAUGUUCAAUACUCUUCUUGAUUCCGUGAAAACUGGUCGUCAGCUUCGGAAAGAUGUGUAUCAAAAAGAUCGCGCGAGGUACGACUACGAACGGCCACAGUGUUUGGCUUCCGCGGAGCCUGCGGGCGCCUACAAUAAGCAGGCCUUGAAAAAGCGCGAUCGCAGAUUGCCGCCGUUCGUGCUGGAUACGCUGUUGGACGUCGGCCGCGGCCUUCGCGACCAGUGGCUAGCCGCUUACGAGGACCUUCAGAGUCGCGAAUUGGAUAGACCGGACCAUGACCUCCUUCGCCCGUACGAGCUAGCCAAAGCGGACGAUCGCUAUGCCGGAUGGCCU